UCAGCCUCAGAGAGAUCCUUCCAGGACAUGCUGUCAUUAGCCCUGAGGUUCACUACUGCACAUGUCCAUGAUUCAGGACUGGAACUCUUCUCAUCGACUUUAAAGAUCCUGGUUGAGAGAAAAGGCCAAUCUGAGUGCUGGGUGCAUCUACUGAAUUGGAAAUGAUCCAAUGGCUCUUUAGUUAGGGUGUUAUGUCCUGAAAAUAGGUGACAACUGCAAACCAUCCUCUGGUGUCGAGUGACUUUAACAAGGUUUGUUUCACACAGACUGAGGGCAGAAAAAAGGAAAUGGCCUAAAAAGGUGGGUUUGCUGUGUUGUCCUCACACUACUUGAUUCAUGGUUCUGAUUCUAAAAAUCUCACUUGAUACUUGAUUUCAUAUGAAAGACGUGUAAAAUGCCUGGGUAGAGGCGGCGGCGGCGGCGGCGGCGGGCUCGGAGGCAGCGGUUGGGCUCGCGGCGAGCGGACGGGGUCGAGUCAGUGCCGUUUGCGCCAGUUGGAAUCGAAGUCUCUUAAAAUGGCAGAUGAUUUGGACUUCGAGACAGGAGAUGCAGGGGCCUCAGCCACCUUCCCAAUGCAGUGCUCAGCAUUACCUAAGAAUGGCUUUGUGCUGCUCAAAGGCCGGCCAUGUAAGAUCGUCGAGAUGUCUGCUUCGAAGACUGGCAAGCACGGCCACGCCAAGGUCCAUCUGGUUGGUAUUGACAUCUUUACUGGGAAGAAAUAUGAAGAUAUCUGCCCGUCAACUCAUAAUAUGGAUGUCCCCAACAUCAGAAGGAAUGACUUCCAGCUGAUUGGCAUCCAGGAUGGGUACCUAUCACUGCUCCAGGACAGCGGGGAGGUAACAGAGGACCUUCGUCUCCCUGAGGGAGACCUUGGCAAGGAGAUUGAGCAGAAGUACGACUGUGGAGAAGAGAUCCUGAUCACGGUGCUGUCUGCCAUGACAGAGGAGGCAGCUGUUGCAAUCAAGGCCAUGGCAAAAUAACUGGCUCCCAGGGUGGCAGUGGUGGCAGCAGUGAUCCUCCGAACCUGCAGAGGCCCCCUCCCCCAGCCUGGCCUGGCUCUGGCCUGGUCCUAGGCUGGACUCCUCCUACACAAUUUGUUUGACGUUUUAUUUUGGUUUUCCCCACCCCCUCAAUCUGUCGGGGAGCCCCUGCCCUUCACCUAGCGCCCUUGGCCAGGAGCGAGCGAAGCCGUGGCCUUGGUGAAGCUGCCCUCCUCUUCUCCCCUCACACUACAGCCCUGGUGGGGGAGAAGGGGGUGGGUGCUGCUUGUGGUUUAGUCUUUUUUUUUUUUUUUUUAAAUUCAAUCUGGAAUCAGAAAGUGGUGGAUUCUGGCAAAUGGUCCUUGUGCCCUCACCACUCAUCCUUGGUCUGGUCCCCUGUUGCCCAUAGCCCUUCACCCUGAGCACCACCCAACAGACUGGGGACCAGCCCCCUCGCCUGCCUGUGUCUCUCCCCAAACCCCUUUAGAUGGGGAGGGAAGAGGAGGAGAGGGGAGGGGACCUGCCCCCUCCUCAGGCAUCUGGGAGGGCCCUGCCCCCAUGGGCUUUACCCUUCCCUGCGGGCUCUCUCCCCGACACAUUUGUUAAAAUCAAACCUGAAUAAAACUACAAGUUUAAUAUGAAAAAAAGAAAGAAAGAAAGAAAGACGUGUAAAAUGCCAAGAACUCUAGGAAACGGGGACAAAAACACUUCAAAGAGAAAGUUCAUGCACUUGUUUCUGACCACCCAGGGCACCCUUCAGCACACGCUGUCUGGAGUGGCCUGAAGCAAGGAGUGUCUUGUGAGGUGCAGAGGAUGCAAUGGGAGCAGGGUCCUGUCCCCACCCUAAAGGAGUUCACAGUUUAACGCAAAUGAGAAGCCAGUGAGGACAUCACUACUCCUGCUGUGAACUUGGGAACUAGAAACACAAAACCUGAGUCUGGAGGGAAGCUAAGGAAGCAUUCUGCUCUGGAGUAGACAUGAGUGCAUGUGAAGCUUCUGAUCUCCCAUGAGAGCAAUGGGGACAUGGGGCAGAAUCUCAAACCCAUGACUGAAAGCACCAAAUUGCUAAAAUGGCAAUAAAGAGACAUGAGGCCAAGAUGAAGAAGAAGGAACCCAGGACGAAGGUCAGCCUCACAUUUGGAGCUCAUUUCCCUCAGUUUCAUCACUGAAUUUCAGAAGGGACUAACUGAGAUGCAAAGAAGCAGAGCGGCUUUUGCACCAUGUGGAGGAUUAGAUGGAAAACAAGUAGACUGAGGGUCUGCUAGUGAAGGUGACCCCUACUGAAGUCCACUGGUUUUGGUUGGGACCCAGAAGAGUCACACGCCAGGAAUAGAGGUGGACAGGAAACACCCUGACUUUUGUAGGGACUGAACCUCACUGAUAACCUCAAUUGCUGAUGGUAUGGAGGGUGUCUAGGUGUGCUAGGACCCCUGCCCAUUCCCCAGAAAUAGACUCCCAUCUUUUCUGCAGCAAGAUAACAUGCUAGUAGGCCUCAAUUCAUUGCUAAAUAUUUUUAACGAGUGUCUUACAUUUAGCCAAAAAGACUAGUCAUGUGGCAGGAAAAAUACAAUGUCAUAUGACCAAAAGCUAAAAGACUGUGAAAAUGAAUCCCGAGGUGACCCAAGCAUUGAAUUUAACAAUGCCAGUACCUGGACCUCCGCUUGCCCCUAAAACAUUACAAUCAAGAAUGUAGGAAGGGAAAAGAAACACGAAGAUUAAUCAAGCAGGAAGGACAAGCUCAGUUUUGCACCCACUGAAUUUGCCACAAAUAUUGUGGAAAAUAUUCUCAGGGACAUUGCAGUUGUCUACUUUGGUUGGCACAUGGUUCAUACAACAGUGUUUGUGUCAGUGAACAUCUUACUCUUCCUCGGCAGUCUUUCUUUGCCCAGAGAUUUCGCAAUGACUGUUGACCUUCAUCAUCACCUUUUGGACUUUGGCUUGCACUUCAGCUUCCGUAGAUCUCCAUGAUGUAAAGAAGUAUUUUAGGUCCAUUUUAAUUCCUGCAAAGGAUAAAAUCCUUCUAUUUGUGUGCAUAUAAGUGGACCUGAGCCCUUGGUUAGGGUGUAGAGAGGAGAAGGGGAGAAACCUGAGGGCCAGAAGCUGUUCUUUCCCUUAAAAGGGCAAACUCAUUUCCACACUAUGGGGACUCUGACAGAUAGCAUACCUUCCUGUCUAUGGCUAUUGGACCUGCAGGCUUUCCCCUGUAAAUCCAUGUUCUGUCAUUGACAUUUUGUGACUGUAAGACAGACUUGAGAUAAGACAUCUAGAAAACAAUAAUUGAACAAUGAUGUGAAUAUAUUUCACACAACUGAACUGUACAUUUCAACAAGGUUAAGAUGGUAAUUAUCACGUUAUACAUAUUUUACCGCAGGUUAAAAUGUUUCACAGGUUGAAAGGAAAGCAACUACCUUCAGUUCUCUGAGUUCAAGAAUUUGUAACAUUUCACCCCCUGCUCCUUCCUGAUCUUCUGUGGAGCAUCUUUUUUCCAUCCAUGCUCUACUCAGAGCCCACUUUCCCUUCCCUGACACCAGCUUCACUGAGGCUGGUUGGAACCUAACACAAAACAUUCUCAGUAAUGACUGAAUUCUCACAAAGAAUUCCAUAUAGACCGCAUAUGAGUUGAAUCUUCUAAGACAUGAAAUAUUUGUUCUCUUCUUGGCUAAUAUGCAAUGCAAAUCCUGUUGCAGAUGUACGUCAUAUACCUCUGAAAUUCCUGAUGUAUUCAAUGAAAUAACAUCUUUAAA